AUUCGGUGACGUAGCAUACGCUCGCCGGGGAGAAGUUUAAAAAUAAACGUGAAACUUUUUUCCCUUCUAAAAACCGAUUUACGUGGAUAAUUAUUUUUUAGUAUUUUCUCACAAGUUCAAUAGAAUACAAACCAAGGAAGCCAUAACGAGUUAGAAGAGCGACAGCGGGCAGAUAAAGCGAAUUCUGAGGCUGGGAUGUCCUCCCAAGAUGAAGACUCGUCGGCUGCCCUGUCUGCUGUCCUGUCCUCUGCAUGGGCGGCUGCUUUGUCUGCUGCAGUUGCAGUUGCCACGUCAGUGGACGCCAAAGCUGAUCUGGGCAAACUGUUGGAUGAGUGGGAAGAGACAAGGCAUGCUACCACAGAGCAGCUGGUGUCCACCUUAACUAAAAUAUCUGAGCUGAUCGAAAAGGAGACAGAAGAAUUUUACAAAUCUGAUCCUGACCCCUUUGAUGAUCGUCAUCCAGAAAGAGCUCACCCAAACUGUAUGCUGGGUCAGCUGCUGAGGAUGAUCUUUAUAAAUGAUGAAUUCACUAAUGAGCUUUUGGACACGUAUAUCAUGACCAGUCGAGACGUUGCCCUAAACACAGCAGCCUGUCGCCUCUUUCUGAACAUUGGCCCAGGCCUGGAUACUGUUGUUGUCUUUGAAGAGAAGGAAGGCUUGUUGGCGAAGAUAUUCAGUUGGGCCCGCGAAGCUGAGCGGCCUCUUUGCGUCUACGCCACGGGCCUGCUGGCCAGAGCCAUGAGCAACCAGGAGUUGGCAACUAACCACAGAGAGGAGAACGCUAAACUGGUAUCCAUGAUGAUCAAACGUCUACAUGAGCUGCAAUCUGCAGAGCUCACCAGUUAUUUUAGUCCCACCCACACCGCCCAGAACCUACCUCCACACUCUCAGGAUGAAGCCGCCCACACCUCAGUUGUCACAAAAAAACGGCGAAUCCAGACUGAAGAGGAAGAUGGCUCAGAAGACAAGGAGGGAAAGGAGAAUAAUGGGGAGAGUAGCAGGUCAAUGUCAAAGGUCAAAUCUCCUGCCCAGAGAAACGGCGGCCACUCCUCCUCCUCUCGCCUUCUCCCAAACUUUGUGUAUCAAGCGAGCCCGCAUCCUGCUUCAAAAGAGAAGGAAGAAACUCAGGGAGGAGAAGAAGAAGGAAGAGGGAAGAAACUAAAUGAGAAUGGAAGGAAGGCUAAACAGAAGCAGCACUGUACCACCUCCAUCAGUGGGGCUGAGGAGGAGGGAGAGAAGGCGGAUACCAGCCAGCAGCCCAGCAGCAGCUCCUCCUGGGCUGAGAUGAGCCCCAUUCUGAUUGGCUCCGACUACAGACUGUCGCCGUUGAGUCCAGCCAUGGAGCAGAGGCUCAUCCUGCAGUAUUUGACACCGCUUGGAGAUUACCAAGAGCUGCUGGGAGUCUUUAUGAAACUGGACACUCUGUCGCUGAUGAUGAACUACAUCGACCUCAGGAAGACCAAAAAUGUUCAGCUUACUUUUGAUGCUCUGCUGUAUCUCGCUUCACUGCUCCUUCAUAAGAAGUUCUCGUCUGAGUUCACUGCUCACGGAGGAGUGCAGAAACUUCUGGAGAUCCCGAGGCCCUCCAUGGCAGCAACAGGCGUUUCUCUCUGCCUUUACUAUCUGGCUUACAAUCAGGAUGCAAUGGAGAGGGUUUGCAUGUUUCCAGACGGCGUGCUGUCAGACAUGGUGUCAUACGCGCUGUGGUUGCUGGAGUCAUCCCAUGCUUCGGGCAUCUGCCACGCCACCAUGUUUUUCUCCAUUUCUUUUUCAUUUAGGGCUGUGCUGCAGCUCUUCGACCAGCUGGAUGGUCUCCGCAGGCUGGUCAAUCUGAUCAGCACUUUGGAGAUCCUAAACGCAGAGAAUGCACAGAGAUUAAGUGAUGAUCAGAUCUUCUCAAGCAGACAGACAGCCAAGCACACCUGCAUGGCGCUGCGCAAGUACUUUGAAGCUCACCUGGCAGUGAAGACUGAACAGGUGAAACGCUCUUUGAACACUUCAGAAAACGGCACCAUUAUUCCCCAUCAGCCAUCUUACAAGGCCUAUACAUACACCAGAGAGCAAAUCAUUGAGAUGAUGGAGUUCCUUAUUGAAUGUGGACCUCCUCAGCUCCACUGGGAGCCGGUCGAAGUUUUCUACAAGUUGUCCUGUGUUCCUUUAAUGCUGAAGCUCAUAUCAGCCGCCUGCGACUGGUCAACCUACAACGGCAGGAGCGACACAGCUCGCUAUGCUUUGGACAUCAUAGCCGUGCUGACAGUUGUUCCUAAAGUCCAGUUGGUGCUGGCGGGUACAGUGGAGGUUUAUGAUGAAAAUGGAUCCCUUGUUCCCACUAUAGGUAUGAGCAUCAUUCUGGGUGUGGCCGAAGGUGAGGUGUUCCCUAACGAUGCCGAGAUUCAGAAGUCUGCCCUGCAAGUGAUAAUAAACUGUGUGUGCGCUCCAGACCAGAGCCGGAACAGCGUCGGGGCUUUCGCUGUCUCCCCCCUCAAAAAGCCUUUGCACCCCCAGCAGUCCCCUCCCAUCCACAACAGGGUGCUUUCCCACAUGUGGCAAGUGGUGCAGAACAAUAAUGGCAUAAAGGUGCUUCUGUCUCUGCUGUCCGUGAAGGUUCCUAUCACAGAUGCAGACCUGAUCCGAGCUUUGGCCUGUAAGGCUCUGGUUGGGCUCAGUCAUUGCUCUGCCAUCAGGCAGAUCAUCAGCAAGCUGCCGCUUUUCACCAGCAGUCAGAUUCAGCAGCUCAUGAAGGAGCCGGUGCUGCAGGACAAACGCAGCGAACACGUUCUAUUCUGUCGCUAUGCCGUCAAGCUGACCGAGCGAGUGUCUGGUAAGCCCAUCAUCAUGGGUGCUGACGUGUCACUGGCUCGUUUGCAGAAGGACAACGUGGUCGCCCAGACUCGCAUCACGUUUUCUGAGAAGGAGCUCCUCAUUCUGAUUAGGAACCACCUUGUAGCCAAAGGACUCCAUGACACAGCCAACACCCUGGUUAAGGAGGCUAAUCUACCUGCAGCUCCUCUGGGUCCAAACUCCACCCUCUCAUGUGUCACCCCUACCUCCUCCACCUCCAAACCUAGGACUUGUCGGUUAGCCAGCGGGAUGUCAGCUCGCAUCGCCAGCCAUGUCGGAGCCUCUCCUCUGUCCUCAGGUCAUUCUGCUCCCUCAGUUUCCCGAUCCCCAGCGGCGUCUCACAUGUCAGGUUCCUGGGCAUCUACCUCAGCUGUUCCAACUACUCCUCCUCAGCCUGCACCCUAUGGGCAGAGCUCGCAUCUUUCUAGCCGGAUCUUGUUCUCGCGAGAACGACAAAUGGCCAGCUCCAACUCAGGGAAAAAACUUCGUGCAUUGAAACAGAAGUCCGACCACGGUGCUUUUGUACAGACCCCAGCUAUGAAAAGGCAGCUGGAGCUCCACCUGCCGUCUCCGCCGACCCUUGACAACAUCAUCACUGAGUACCUGAGGGAGCAACAUGCCCGUUGUCCCAAUCCCGUCACCACCUGUCCUCCGUUUUCCCUUUUCACCCCUCACCGCUGCCCAGUGUCCAAACUGAGGCGUCAGGCUCCCCCCAACUUCACCGCCCGUCUGGGGAGCAGGGUGCUGUAUCCACGGUACGGUGGUCAGGAUAGAGGAAGCCUGGACAGACACCUGAUAUUCAGCAGGUUUCGCCCCAUGUCAGUUUUCCAUGAAGGCGACGGAGGCGACAGCAGUUUCACCUGUUGUGCCUUUUCAGCCUGCGAGCGCUUCCUCAUGCUGGGAACCUGCUCCGGUCAACUCAAGCUUUACAACAUCUUCUCUGGAGAGGAGGAGGCCAGCUACACCUGCAAUGGAUCAGCCAUCACUCACAUCGAGCCUUCCCGGGAUGGUAACUUAGUUCUUACCUCUGCCUCCUGGAGAGUCCCCCUGUCAGCUCUGUGGAGUAUGGACGGUGUCUUUAGCAUGAAAACCUCAUUUGGAGAGGAUCACCAUGUUGAGUUCAGCAAACUCUCUCAGGACAGAGUAAUUGGUACUAAGGAUGAAGUCGCACAUAUCUAUGACAUCCAGACGGGCCAGAAGAUCCUGACCCUGAACGACCCUGCACUGGCCAAUGACUACAAGAGAAACUGUGCCACCUUCAACCCCACGGAUGACUUGGUGCUAAACGACGGGGUCCUGUGGGAUGUGCGCGCAUCACGGGCUAUCCACAAGUUCGACAAGUUCAACAUGAACCUCAGCGGGGUUUUCCAUCCAAACGGGCUGGAGGUCAUCAUCAACACAGAGAUUUGGGACCUGAGGACCUUCCAUCUGCUCCACACGGUUCCUGCUCUGGAUCAGUGCGGGUUGGUCUUUAACAGCACUGGCACCAUCAUGUAUGGAGCGAUGCUACAAGAUGAUGAUGAUGAGCACGUCAGCAUAAGCGGGCAGGUGGCGAGUCCCUUUGGCUCCUCCUUCAGAACCUUUGAUGCUACAGACUACAAGCCUAUCGCCACCCUGGAUGUAAAGAGGAACAUCUUUGAUUUGUGUGCAGAUACUAAGGACUACCACCUGGCUGUCAUAGAGAACCAGGAUACAACGAGCAUGGAUACGGUAUGUCGUCUAUAUCAAGUUGGACGACUGAAACUGGCAGAAGAAGGAGACGUUGACGAUCAGGAUCAAGAUCAGGAUGAUGAUGAUGAUUCGUCAGAUUCAGAUGAUGAUGAUGAUGAUGACGAUGAUCUAGACAUAAACCCCCUCAUUGAGGAACUGGCUGAUAUUAAUGAACAGGAGAACGUGGAGGACGCUAACACUAGUGAUGAGAUUCAGGCUAUUCUUGGUAAUAGCAGUGAUUAUGACCCUAGUAAUAUUGACUCGGAGGACUCAGACCUAGAAGAUUCAAUCCUCAACUCAUCAUGGUUAAGAGAAGAAUCAGAUGAUGAAGACUGACAUAUUUGGAUACAUGUCUGACGUAUAGUUUGAGAGAUGGAAGAGGAGGCGCACUCGCUGCGCAGAGCAUGUGGAUCCCUCAGAAAAGCCAGAUAAAUGGCACCAAAAAUUCCAAGGUUUCAUUUAAAAAACUAGACUGACCAUUGGUUUUGGAUUUCUUGUCCCUGUUUAAUUAAAUUUUAAAGGUUUGUUGUGUUAUAUCUAUGAUAUUUUUGGACACUUUGCAUCUGCUGCAGAAAUGGAGCACAACGUCCUUUUUCAAAUCUACGCUCAACCUUAGAAGACAGUUCUUUGUAUGAGGAGAAAAUAUAAGAUGCACAAUGAAUAAACAAAAGGUCUCUUUUUCAUAAAAAAUAGUUUCCCAGUUUUUAUUUAAGCAUUAUUUAAAUUUUUGGUCACAGCUCUUUAAAGUGAGUUUUGACCACAGACAUUUUCAGAAAAUGACGUUUUUUGGAUCCUGUUUUUCAACAUGUAAUAAUAUUCGUAUGUUCAUAU